UUCAACUUUCUUGACAGGGGAAGGGCUGAGCAUGCGUUGUUCUACUAGUUAUUCCGGUUCAAUUAGUUAUACUCGCUUGAUGUGCUUUAGAAAGGUUAUAAUAAGGGGUUUGUUCUGUGCUCUGUCAAGGUUUUUUUGUACUUUGACUACUUUGAUCGGCUUGUUCUUAUUUAACGGGGUCUGAGAUACACUCGUCAGAUUAACAUGGAGUCAGAUGAUGAGUGCGAGUAUGACUCCACAUGGGAGCAUAAAUACGAAAAUAAAACCCCCAGAAAGAAGGUGUUUCACAAAUGGAGUCGUAGGAACAUGUAUGCUGCAAGGCACAUGCAAGACUUUCGACAUAAUGUUCACAUUGAUGAAUUUCACCAGCAGUGGUGGGGUGAAUAUGAGAGGCUGGAAGAUGUUCACUCCUACAUUCAAUGGUUGUUUCCAAUACAAGAGCCAGGGGUGAAUUGGAGAGCACAUGUGCUCACAAAAAGGAAAUUUCAGCUUUUCCGUAAAGAUAAACAAGCAAAGAGUAAAUUGGUGAAAUCAUAUAAGCUCAUGUUGGAUUUCUACGGUUUACAUUUGGCCAAUGAAUCAACAGGAGAGGUGGAACGGGCUCCUAACUGGAAGGAUCACUUUAGGAACCUGAACAGAUUUGUAUAUUCACACAAUAACCUUCGCAUCACACGCAUCCUGAAGUGUUUGGGGACUCUAGGAUUGAAGCACUACCAGGCCCCACUGGUCAAGUUCUUCCUCCAUGAAACUCUUGUGGUGGGACACCUUCAAAGUCUAAAACAAAGUGUACUAGAUUACUUUAUGUUUGCUGUUUUGGACAAGUCAGAGAGACGAGAGCUGGUUAGAUUUGCCUUUAAGCAUUUCAAGCCCCAAGAACAGUUUGUCUGGGGCCCCAAGAAGUUUCUGUCAGGUGAGGUACAUAGCAAAAGUUAAAAAUUCAGUCAUGCUACAUGUAAUAAGCAGCAAAGGGAGUGGACAGCAGGGACACAAUAAAUGAAGGAAAAACGUAAUUAUAGUGAACUGUCAAAAUAUACUGUAUGCCUUGAAUACAGUGGAGGUUACUUUGGGCAAAAGUGUCUGCCAAAUGCAUAAAUGUAAAUGUGAAAACAAUAAAAUCAUAGAAAAGUGAGAUGAAAAGAUAAUAUUGAUGAUGGUGAUGUUAAUAUGACAACAGCUACAUCACCAAGCAUGUCUUGUGAUGCUCCUGAGGAUAGAGGUUUCAGCAUUUGUUCCUUUAUUUAUUUAUUUUUUUAAUUAAUUAAAUGAAAACUUCUGUUGAUGAAUCAAGGCUGCACUAUAUGAAAAUUAGCUCCAGUAAAUGUUUAAAUCAUUUUAACAUUUUUAUGUAUGAUUUUUUUUUUAAAUGUAUGUUGCUUAUUUUUUAAUAAAUUAGAAACAUGCUUGCACGAAUAUAUUUCACUUUUGUAAAGUGUGUACACUUGUGGUCCAGUGGGAAUAAACAGUUUACAA